AUGAGGAAGAGGAGGAGGAGUGAACGAAGCGGCGACCUCACGCUGCGUGUCGAGACGUGCAAAUGUGAGUCAUCAGACGUUUCAAUCAGUGCCACGCUCGCCACCUACCAGGCCCAGAUGGUGUUUGUGAAAGACGUGAAGACCGAGCGAGGAGUUGCCGGAGUGCAAGGCCGACUCUUCGCAACUUUUUGCACGCUGCAGAAGUUUUUCUUUUACGAAGGAGCUUCCCGAGAUGCCCGUCGUGACGUUCAGGCUGCCCAAGGUGCCCACGUGACGCCCAGCCUGCCCAAGGUGCUGGUCCUGACGUCCAGUUUGCCUGAGGUGCCCGUCCCGGCGCCUUGUCGCUUAGCCCCCAUUCUGGCGCCUCUUUGUAUAGCCUCCAUCCCGGGGCCCGCGCCGACUCCCCACAGUUCCCCCGGUGACUCCGUUGCUGUUCCUCCAGCAGACGACAACGACCGCGUUGCUGUUCCGCCAGCAGACGACCACAUUGCUGUUCAGCCAGCAGAUGACGACUCAUUUGCCGUCACCCGUGAAGUGCUGUGCCCCAAUCUCCGACUCACCAUGCAGUGUCCUCUACAAUCUCCAGGCUUGCACACACGAGCGUUUGGCGGCUAUGUGUGUUUCCUACUUGUCGCAGUACUUAAAGCGGUUUACGGAGACAUCACGGACGGCAACGCAGAGCACCUGAAACGAGAACACUCCUUGAUGAAACCCUAUCAAGGCGUGGGAAGCAGCCCGUCCAGCCAGUGGGACUUUUCGGGGAGUACAUUAGUGACCAGCUCGUAUGUCCGACUCACUCCGGAUGAGAGAAGCAAGCAAGGAUCCAUCUGGAAUACUGUGCCGUGCUAUUUAAAAGACUGGGAGAUGCACGUCCACUUUAAAAUCCAUGGGCUGGGCAAGAAGAACCUCCAUGGGGAUGGAAUCGCUCUCUGGUACACAAAAGACAGACUGAAUCCAGGCUCAGUGUUUGGGAACCAGGAUAAGUUUCUGGGCCUGUCCAUCUUUCUCGACACCUUCCGCAACGACCUCCAAGGAAUGGACCGUUCCUUCCCAUACAUAUCGGCGAUGGUGAACAACGGCUCCGUGAGUUAUGACCACGGCAGAGACGGGCGCGCUUCAGAGCUGGGAGGUUGCUCGGCCGAGAUCCGCAACCGAGAUUUCGACACUUACCUCGCCAUCCGCUACUCCAAAGGGAGACUCACUGUGAUGAUGGAUACAGACGACAAGAACGAGUGGAAGGAAUGCAUAGACAUCGGGGGCGUUCGUCUUCCCACGGGAUAUUUCUUCGGCGCCUCGGCAGCUACUGGGGAUCUGUCUGACAACCAUGACAUCAUCUCGAUGAAGCUUUAUCAGCUGAUGGUGGAGCACACGCCGGAGGAGGAGAAUCUGGACUGGACCAAGAUCGAGCCAAGUGUCAGUCUGCUCAAGUCGCCCAAAGACAAUAUUGACGAUCCAACGGGCAAUUUCCGUGGCACACCGUUGACUGGCUGGAAGGUGUUCCUUCUGCUGCUUUGUGCGCUGCUGGGCAUCGUGGUGUGCGGCGUGGUGGGUGCCGUCGUCUUCCAACAGCGGCAGGAGCGAAACAAGAGGUUCUACUGA